AGAAAUGGGGCGAUCGCCUUGCUGUGAAAAGGCACACACAAACAAGGGAGCUUGGAGCAAAGAAGAAGACGAGAGACUGAUCAGCUACAUCCGCGCUCACGGUGAGGGCGGCUGGCGUUCCCUUCCUAAAGCUGCAGGAUUGUUGAGAUGUGGAAAGAGCUGCAGAUUGAGAUGGAUAAACUAUCUGAGGCCUGAUCUCAAGAGAGGCAAUUUCACCAAAGAAGAAGAUGACGUCAUUAUCAAAUUGCAUAGCUUGCUUGGAAACAAAUGGUCUUUGAUAGCUGGGAGAUUGGCGGGAAGAACAGAUAACGAGAUUAAGAACUAUUGGAACACGCACAUCAAACGCAAGCUUCUAAGCCGUGGCAUGGACCCACUAACCCACCGCCCAAUCAAUCCCUCCGCCGCCGUAAAAAUCGACUCAACUCCGCCGCCUACACCUCAAGAAAACAACUCCUCUUCAGCCGACAACGCCAGCACCACCACCACGGAGGAGGAGGAAAACGGCGGCGGCGGCGGGCUUGAUUUGAAUUUGGAUUUGGAUUUGAAUUUGUGUAUAGGAAUUUCAUGUCACACCAAUAAGUAUAGGAAAAAUGAGUCUUUCAAUUUGAAAUCUUGCUAUGAUUUCUUGAGAGGAUAGAGUUGUGCAUUAAUUGCCAAUCUUAUAAGAUUAUACAUUAAUUGAUUUCUAUAGGUUUAGAUAUACACUACUUUUUUUGUUGUUGUUGUGUGUUAAUAUAAACUGCUGAUGUAUUAUGUUUAAUUUAGAAAAAGAUGUAUUGAGGUUAAUUGUAAUGUAUGGAAUUAGUGAAAUUAAUUCACGAAGGGUGCUCAGUUUGCAA